AUGGAGAGACAUGUUGCUCCUCCUGCAGUCGAAUACGGUGCCCAAGGUGCAGAUGACGACCACACGACUCUCGCCGAAAAUCACCCUACCGACAGCCACAAACAGACCAACAUGUUGAGCAACCGAGAACUCCAAGCAUACGAGCCGGAUCAAAGAGACUCUCAACAAUCAUCAACUCAUACUGACGAGGAGAAAUCUGGCGCCAUCGUUGAUGGUCCUGAUGGCGGCUUCGUCGGUUGGAUGCAAGUCCUGUCAGCCUUCCUCCUCGUGCUGGAUGGCUUCGGCUUCAUCACGGCCUUCGGCGUCUUCCAGUCGUACUACGAAAUCCAAUUACCGGGCUCUACAGCAUCUGAUAUCUCAUGGAUUGGUUCCAUGCAGAUCUUUUUGCUCUUCCUCCUCGGAACUGUCAGCGGGAGAUUGAUCGAUGCCGGCUACUUUCGGGCUACGCUUAUUACGGGAUUCGUCUUCCAAAUCGGCGGCAUCUUCGGGGCUUCUUGGUCCAGCAAGUAUUGGCACUUCCUCCUUUCUCAGGGAAUUGCAACGGGUAUCGGCAACGGCAUGCACUUCACGGCGCUCGUCUGGCUGGUAUCCCAGUACUUCACCAAGAGGCGUGGACUCGCACUAGGCAUAAGUUCCUGCGGUGCACCCAUCGGCGCUGUCAUCUUCACAAUCAUGGCGCAACAGCUGAUUCCCAAGGUCGGAAUCGCCUGGACCCUUCGAUCAAUGGGUUUCUUGAUUCUGUUCGACAGCAUCAUCAUCUUCCUCAUCUCACGCCCGAAAGAAGGCAAACGGUCAUCCGGCCCACUCUUGGAGCUCGCAGCUUUCAAGGAACUACCUUACUUGCUGUUCACCAUCGGCAUGUUUUUCACGCUGCUCGGCGCAUACUUCGCCUACUAUUAUGUGCCUCUGUUCGGUCGCAAGAACCUGGGGCUCAACAAUAGCGGCGCGCUCACGAUUCUCAUCAUCAUGUCAGCCGUGGGUAUCACUGGGCGACUCAUCCCACCCUACUUUGCGGAUCGAUCCAUAAAGCCCCUGAGGACUCUUGUCAUCUCAACCCUUCUCAGCAGUCUCAACGUCUACGCCUGGAUCGGGGUUCACUCUUCCACUGGGCUGACAGUCUGGGUCGUUGCUUACGCCUUCACUGUGAACGCCGUGCAGACCUUGUUUACGGCGUCUAUGGGCGAGGUUACCUCGGAUAUGUCUAAGCUUGGUGUAAGAAUCGGCAUGGUCUUUACCGUCGUCAGCUUUGCCUGCUUGGCCGGUCCGCCCAUCGGUGGAAGCCUCGUCACGCUUGGGCAUGGCAACUUCUUCAACUUCUCUACGCAAUUGGUUUGUGGUGAUCGAAUACACAGCCUGUCACUCGUCGUCCUAGGCAAAAUGAAGUCCGUAACAGCGGCGCUAAGCCUGUUUGGCCUACUUGCUGGUCUCUCGCAUUCGGUGCACGCACAUCCCCCGGCUUCGGUUCAGGCCUCCGCAACCUACCCCGCUGCAUCCGGCUUGCCCAAGUGGAGAGACUACGACGACGACGACGACUCAGACAACCAGAAGGCGCCGUGGGGUAGCCGGACCUGCAAGUCAAACCCGGAGAACGUACCUGAUACCGGUGUUGUUCGGAAGUAUGAGUGGACAGUAGAAAGGACUUGGGCAGCUCCUGAUGGAUUUGAACAAGAGCUCCUUCUGGUGAAUGGACAAUUCCCCGGGCCCCUCAUUGAAGCCAACUGGGGUGAUGUUGUGGAGGUGACUGUCCAUAACAACAUUUCCGCUCCUGAAGAGGGCACCGCGAUUCACUGGCAUGGGAUUCACCAGCAGGACACGCCCUGGAUGGAUGGUGUCUCCGGUAUCACUCAAUGCCCGAUUGUACCGGGAGGUAGCUUCACAUACCGUUGGAGGGCCUCUACAUACGGUACAAGCUGGUGGCAUGGUCACCAUGCUCUUCAAUAUGCCGGCGGACUUUGGGGCGCGAUUGUGAUCCACGGCCCGACUUUCGUCGAGUACGAUAUUGACCUUGGCCCCGUUACUCUUUCCGACUACUAUCACCGGGGCUAUGAAGGAAUUGCCAUGGGCGCCAUUUCCACAAGUUCCAAUGAGAACGUUACCGUCCCAGCCUCCGCCAACCAGAUGAUCAACGGCUUGAACCCCUACACCUGCUCUCUAUCUCCUUACCAGUUCCCAUCGAUCACUAACGCUACAUGUCACGACAAUGCCCCGAAGCCAGAGUUCACCUUCCAAUCAGGCAAGGCCCACAAGCUCCGCCUGGUCAACACUGGUGCCCAGGCCCACCAGAUCUUUUCCAUCGAUGAUCACAAGCUGAUUGUGACGUCAAUGGAUUGGACUCCCAUUGAGCCUUACGAGGUUGACUUCCUUGCCCUCGGCGUAGGCGCCAGAGCGGAGGUUAUUGUCAAGGCCACUGGCGACCCCAAGUCAGCCUACGUUAUGCGCAUGAGAACUCGAUGUGCCACGACUUACGUCUGGGAGACAAAUGCCACAGUAUUCUACGAUCAGGCGUCGCCAGACACUAUUCCUAUUUCUAAUCCUGUGGACCUUGGACCCAACUGGCCAGUCCAAAAUGCAGCAUGCGGCCACUAUGCUCUGCCGAUGAAAAAGCCAAUUUUCAAGAAACGCGUUCCUAAGCCGGACAUGACCGUGUUUUACAACGUCACCUAUGAGCAAAACGCGACAGGAAACCAUUUGUGGCUGAUGAACAACGUCACAUUUCAGGCUGACUGGGCUCGGCCGUUGUUGCUGGAGGCUGCUGAUGGUCAGACUGACUAUCUUGCCCAGCCGCAGCACAUCCUGACCACGGUGCCCGAGGAUGUCCGUCACGUCAGAGUGGUCGUCCAAAACUUCUUCUCGAUUCAUCCCAUGCACAUCCACGGGGGAGACUUCCAAAUACUCGCCGAGGGUGACGGAUUCUGGAACGGCAGCAUUCUCCACAAGAAGAACCCUGCUCGCGCUGAUACCGAAAUGCUUCGCCGGAAUGGCCAUCUCGUCGUUCAAUUUGAUGCGAAGAAUCCGGGCACCUGGAGCUUCCACUGCCACGUUGCCUGGCACGCCAGCCCAGGUCUCAUAGCCAACUUCUUGGUCAAGCCAAAAGCAGUUCAGGCCUACGAUAUUCCUCAGGCGGUUCGAGACACUUGUGACGCUUGGCACGAGUACAAAAAUGCUGGUGGGGAAGGUUCCCUGCCGUUUGACAGUGGCCUUCGGAAAAGAUCAGUCUAG